AGAGGGGGUUGAUUGUGACAGACAGAUAGCAGACUAGCUGAUCGGCUCCAAAGAUCGCAGUGUGUGAGUGUUCUCGGCGCGUGAGGUUCGUUCACUGUCCCGGAUAAACUGUAACCUUCCUUGGUCGGUGCACCGUGCAGCAGGCUACUUCGAACAAAGAGGGAAAAUGUUCGGCAAGGCAUUGCUAAGGACUGCGCUUCAUGCUUGCAAACAGGACAGCAACAUUGCCGGGACAAGGCUCGUCCUGCCAGCGCUUGUGAACGCCAGGGACAGACGACAAAGCGCGUCUUCAGCAGCCUCCUCUACAGCCGCUGUCCUAAAUGAGAAAACAGAAACAAAACAGAAAACCAUGGAGGACCUCGACGGACCGAGUUUCCUGACUUCAUUGUAUUGGCUUUUCGGAAAGGGUUACUUUCAGACAACGCACCAAAUGCAAAUUGAGCACAGCAAGAUCUACGGUCCCCUGUGGAGGUCCAAGUACGGGCCGCUGGUGAUCGUGAACGUGGCCAGUGCGGAGCUGAUCGAGCAGGUGUUGAGGCAGGAGGGGAGGCACCCCAUCCGCACCGACAUGCCCCACUGGAGGGGCUACCGGGAGCUGCGCAACCAGGCCUACGGGCCCCUCACAGAAAUGGGUGCGGAAUGGCAGAGAAUCCGCAGCAUUCUAAACCCCAGGAUGCUGAAGCCCAAGCAUGUGUCGGCGUACACUAACGCCAUCAACGAUGUGGUGGCAGACUUCAUCAAGAAAGUGGACCAUCUACGAAAGACCACAGGGGACGGGGUGAUGGUCAAGGAUAUGGCCGGGGAGCUGUACAAGUUUGCUUUUGAAGGCAUCUCGUCUGUGCUGUUCGAGACUCGUCUGGGCUGCAUGAACGAGACGGUGCCGGAGGAGACUGAGAAGUUCAUCUUCUCGGUGGGGGAGAUGUUCCGCCUGUCCCCCAUCAUCGUGCUCUUCCCCAGGUCCACCUGGCCCUACCUGCCUUUCUGGAAGCACUUUGUGGCCGUGUGGGACCACCUCUUCAACGUAGCGGAGGACCUGGUGCGUCAGAAGAUGCAGGAGAUCCAGGAGCGAGUGAAGAGUGAUGAGCCUGUGGAGGGAGAGUACCUGACGCACCUGCUGGUCAGCGAGCAGAUGUCCGUACACGAGGUGCUGGGCAGCAUCACAGAACUACUACUGGCCGGAGUAGACACGACGUCCAACACCAUCUCGUGGGCGCUGUACCACCUGGCGCGUGAGCCGGCCAUCCAGGAGCAGCUGUACGCGGAGGUGGAGCGGGUGUGUCCCGGGGACGCCAUACCCUGCAGCGACGACAUCGCCAAGAUGCCCCUGCUCAAGGCCAUCAUCCGGGAGACACUACGGUUAUACCCAGUGGUGCCUGGAAACGCCCGCAUUACUGCUGAGAAUGAGAUCGUGGUGGGCGGACAUCUCUUCCCUAAACAGACGUUGUUCCACCUGUGCCACUACGCGGUGUCGUACGAUGAGAAGGUGUUCCCCGACCCGCACGCCUUCCUGCCGCAGCGCUUCCUGCGCGGGGCGGAUAAGCAGCUGAACCAGCACCCCUUCGGCUCUGUGCCGUUCGGCUUCGGCAUCCGGGCCUGUCUGGGCCGCCGCGUGGCCGAGCUGGAGAUGUACCUGGUCCUAUCACAGUUAGUGAAACACUACGAAAUUCGUCCGGACCCCGAGGGCACGACCGUCAAGCCAAUCACGCGGACGCUGCUGGUCCCGGCCACGCCCAUCAAUCUGCUGUUCCUGGACAGGAGAGCAGCACAGGAGGAGGAGCCAAGGGAACCUCAGGCCGUUGCCAUGUGAACCACGGAAUCAGUAUGAUUCCACAAUCCCCACACACACCUGGAGAAGCUAAUGCUAGCUCUGAGGCAUUGUCAUGUCACUUCGGAACUUUUCCGUUAUUCCACUUAACCGUUCCACUUAACACUCACAAUGCAAAUCAAACAGUGUAUAUUAGCAAGCUAAUAGACAUCUGAAAAAAUGCACCGCACCCUGUGAUUGUGUCCAAAAUGCUCACUACUCUGCAUUCACUACAAAGUGUGCUACAUAGGCUGUGAAUUACAUUUUUUCCCUACAUACUGUUGUGCACAGUAUAGUGAGCAAGUGAUAUUUUGGGAUUGGCUUGUGUCUGUUUGCUAGUUGAAAUGGCAUUACAUUGAAUCUGUAUCAUACUGUGUAGGGCAUAGUGCUGUGCUAGUCACCUUGCACUUGCUACUCUUUUGUACUGGUUGCUAACAUGGAGCACUAUUUUCACUGAGCUAUUUCAAGUAAUAAUGGAAUUUUAUAUUUUCUUACGGUUUUAUAAUUGUAUGGAUAUUACAAUUAAUUUUACAAUUUAUUUCUAAAACUAUUCCUGUUUUCAGAAUCUACUAGGACUGAUCUACACUACCAGCAGUUUGCUAUGAAUGCAUACCGUAGGGGAAACACACAAUUUUCCUUUUCGCCCAUAUGAAAUAUUUUGUUUAUAGAUUACUUUUAUUGUACAUAACCUUUAAUGUUUAAGGUAAUUGUUUUAUGGAUUUGGUUAAAGAUCUAACCAAGCGUUCUCUGCCCACCUUGCAGUGCAUGUAGAAAUGGUAGCCUGACUAUGGCCACUGCAAAGCUUACGUGUGCUUAGUCUGGCCAAGCUGAUGUGCUAGCUGAUGUCUUAAAGGUGCAUUUCUAUUAAAUGUCUUUGGACGAAGCUACAACCAAUCGCAUCUGUCAUUCCGAUAAUGUAUGCAUUGCGAUUAAUCCCAAAAUUGCUGCUCACAUAACAAUCGGUGCUCAUAUACUCACGUCACUGCAUUACAUUGUCUUUGUGUUUUCUUAUGUAUUUAUGUAUGCUACUGGACACCUUAAUUUCCUAAUAAUAAAUACCCUAACAUACUCUACA